UAUCUGCUUUUCUCGUACUUUCUGGCACUAUGCAGUGGUCUAACAUGCUAUGCAGCCGCGGAUUGGUUAAAGGAGAACAAAUGGAGAAUUACGUGAAAGAAACAUGUGAAACUGGAAUGAAGUAUUGUUUCGAAUCUUAUUCUAAAGGUACUGAAGAUUUUGAUACAGCAACUGCCAGUUGCCAAUCUUUAAAUACUGAUAGGAGACUUUUGAAUUUGUGUGAAGGUGAAAAGAUAGAAGUCAAAGCCGGUGUAACUGUGAGAUGUUGUGAAAGCGAUUUGUGCAACAAAAAUGGCGUGGAGAAAAGGAAUUAGUAGAUAUGGAAACUUCAAGUUGUGUGUUUGUGUGUUUUUAUAAAAUAUUUUAU